AUCCGCGCCGCCCAUCCCAUCCGCCUCCGUCGGUGCCAGCGGCUUCUGCCUCCUCUCUGUCCCUCCACGGCCCCCCACGGCGAUGAUAUCAUGCGGGUGCUUCGGAGGGACAACCUUCCACGGUCUCGCACUCGCUCCCUCUAUCUGCCGCUCUCCGUCGAUGUUCUCUCCUCUCCGAACCCUAACCCUAACCGUUGCCGCCACGAAUCCCCACCACCGCCUCCUCCGCAGGGUGCUCUUUCCUACUAUUGUUAGGGCCUUCUCUUCCACCGCCCUCCCCACGGCUCCCAUCACGAAGCAAGAAGGAAAAGCUGCUGCAAAGCCGCAGUGGAAGGCCGCCAUCGACUUCAAAUGGAUUAGGGACAACAAGGAUGUUGUUGCUGCCAACAUAAAGAACAGGAAUUCCAAUGCCAAUUUGGAUCUCGUUCUUGAGCUGUACGAGAAGUUCCUAAAUCUUCAGAAGGAGGUUGAACGGCUUCGAGCUGAAAGAAAUGUAGUCGCUAAUAAAAUGAAAGGGAAGCUAGAGCCAUCUGUACGUCAAGCUCUUGUGGAAGAAGGAAAAAAUUUGAAAGAAGGACUUGUUUCCCUGGAAGAAGAUCUAGUUCAACUUACAGAUCAGCUUCGACAGGAAGCACAGUGUCUACCAAAUAUAACACAUCCAGAUGUUCCUAUAGGGGGUGAGGAGAGUUCCAUAAUCAGAAAGAUGGUAAGAAGUCCGUGGGAGUUUAACUUUAACAUUAAAGAUCAUCUUGAGCUAGGAAAGGAUCUUGAUUUGUUUGAUUUUGAUGCAGCAGCUGAGGUCAGUGGUUCAAAGUUUUAUUAUCUAAAGAAUGAAGCAGUCUUAUUAGAAAUGGGCCUAAUUAAUUGGGCAAUUGCAGAAGUUUCAAAACGGGGAUAUAUACCUCUUAUCACACCAGAAAUUGUAAGAUCAUCUGUUGUUGAGAAGUGUGGCUUUCAGCCAAGGGGGCAAAAUACACAGGUGUAUUCUAUCGAGAACAAUGACCAGUGUCUCAUUGGAACAGCAGAAAUUCCUGUUGGAGGCAUCCAUAUGGAUUCAAUUCUUCCUGAAUCUGCUUUGCCUUUAAAGUAUGUAGCCUACUCACACUGUUUUCGCACUGAAGCUGGUGCUGCAGGAACAGCGACAAGGGGCCUUUAUAGAGUUCACCAGUUCAGCAAAGUUGAGAUGUUUAUAUUCUGUCGUCCUGAGGAAAGUAACUUGUACCAUGAAGAACUUAUUGCCAUUGAGGAAGACCUUUUCAGCUCUCUUGGACUUCAUUUCAAGACUUUAGAUAUGGCAACAGGUGACUUGGGUGCACCUGCAUAUCGUAAGUUUGACGUGGAGGCAUGGAUGCCAGGAUUAGGGCGGUACGGUGAAAUAUCAAGUGCAUCAAACUGCACAGAUUACCAAAGCCGGAGGCUGGGCAUCCGUUACCGUCCAUCAUCUGAUACGCCAGCAACCUCGAAGAAAGGCAAGGGCAGCAAUCUGGCACCCACGCAGUUUGUUCAUACCCUUAACGCGACAGCUUGUGCUGUUCCUCGCAUGAUCAUAUGUCUUUUAGAGAACUUCCAGCAAGAGGAUGGUGCUGUAGUAAUUCCGGAGCCGCUGAGGCCUUACAUGGGAGGAUUAAAUGUCAUCUCUCCGAAAGCCAAAACAAGUCAAUGAGAAUCCUUUUGAAGUUGAAUUUCUUGCUUCUGUGUAUUUUAAUUUUAUUUACAUAGAUCGAAGUCUGCAGAAUAAGAAAUUCAUGGCAGCUGAGAACUUAUUAGCUUUUUUUUUUUUUUUCUGAAACUCAGCUGACUAUUAUCUAAAUUGACAUUUUGAAGUGUCUUUUAUUGUUUCAAGGUAUUAAUAUGCACAAGAGGAAGAGAUGCCAUUGAGAA